UCUAUUUAAUUUUAGCGCCGAUUUCAUUUUCAUUUUGACUUUGAUUUUAAAUUUUCAUUUAUAUAACACAUGUCUUUUAUUAAUUUUCACUUCAUUAAAUUAUGCACUAAAUUAAAUUUAGAUUGUGACUGAUAAUGUAUUUUAGGCAAUGAAGAAAACCAAAAUAUUUGAUUUUUUUCAAUUAUCAUCUCAAAGUAAUAAUGUACCUUGUCCUGCAUGUGGGACUUUACUUCUCAAGUCGAAAUUAAAUGAACAUCUUGAUUCCUCAUGUUCCAGUGCAAUUUUAUCGCCCAUUUCAGUUGUAAAUUCAAAUAAACGAAAGAAAGCAAAGGACGGCGAAACAUCAAAAUUUCCUCAGAAAAGUGGACGGCAAGCAGCUGAUAAAGUUGUUUCAAAUCGGUUGAGUCUUAAAAGGCAAAGAAAUGUGAAGAGUAUCAAGAAGUAUGUAAAAUCUGAGGAAAAAAAGGAAAGUGAUGAUGAUAUAAUUAUUUUAGAAGAAAAAUUAGCCUCUCCUGAUAAAAUUAACUGCGAAAAGUCCAAUAUUAUUUCUAAUAAGCUUGGUACCUGUGAUAGCUCUGUUAUCCAAAAUGAAGCACAUACUUUUGAUUCAAGUAAAACAGACUGUAAUUUUUUUAAUACAAAUAUUGAAAUUACCUGUGAAAGAAAUUUGACAUUCAGCUCGAAAGCUAAUGAAUCCACACAUUAUGAGCUAAAAGUAAAUGAAAAGAAGGAUUCUGAAAUCUGUACACAGGUUCAUUUUGAUGAAGUGCCUGCUAAAAGGCUAAAGAGCGAAACACUGACUUCAGAUACUAGCUAUCAAAAUUCAGGUGAAAAAAUUGUGGCAAUUUGUACAGAAACUACUGAAACAACAUAUAGUGUGCAGAAAACUGAAUUUUUUUUUUCUAAAUCAAAGAGAAUAAAAGCUCAUUUGCAGAGUGAUCUACCAGUUAAAACACUAGAGUCAAAUACUUCUGAAUCAAAAUCAAUAAAGUCAGAUAUAAACAAUGAUGCUAAAAUAGUUCUGGAAGAUGAUGCUGUGUUUUCUGAGGAAUUAUCUGAUACUAAUGAAAAAGAAGAAAAACAAAGUAGUCAAAAGAAUUAUAUUCCUUAUUACAUUGCGAAUUUCAAACACAUUUUAAAUAUUGUGUUGAAUGAAAAGGACAAUCAGGUUUUAUUUAAUGAUGACGAUAUGAAAUCAGUUGAAGUUUUCAAAGCAGCAUCUGAUGCUGCUCAAAAACUAUAUGUUAGACUUUUCCAGCGGAAAUAUAAAUGGUUGAGAAUCAAUAAAAUAAAUUAUCCUGAUAUUACACAAGAUCCUCUGAUUACACUAGAAGAACUAGUAAAGAUUGGUUUAGUGGAUUCAGGGCAAUCAUCCCAAUUUUUGUCCUGCUCCUUUAAAAAUAGGUUCUAUGGCUGCUGUCUUUACCAGGAAGCUAAGAAUUUAGCUAAGCAUUUUAAUUUUAAUUCAGCAAAAAAUAAAACAGACAUUAAAGAAAUGCUUUUAAAGCAUUGCAAACAGCACAAAUCUGUAUUUUUCACGAAUGGAAGUAAUGGUAUUUCUAGCAUAAUGUUAAAAAAGGUGAAGCAAAUAAUGGGACCAUGUUACAGGAUAUCUCUCCUUCCAAAACGUGUAUUCACUCGCAUUUUAAUGUUGUUUUCUUUACCUACAAUGUCUGAUGAUGAAGAAGAAGCAGCUGGUGGACAACAACAGCAACUGAUCACUUUGUUACAAGUGAAUAAAGGAGAGCUUGUUUUCCCUAACUAUAAAGUUAAUAAGAAAACUGUGAUAUUUUGUGAUAGAGAUGAAUUAAUUAGGUAUGAAGAAGCUAGACAGCUUGAAAAUGAUAUAUUUAAUGCUAUAGAGAGCAAAAAGUUUGAGCUAGCAAAGGAAUUGUAUAUUAAUGCCAGGGAAGAAUUUGAAGAUCAGUGUUCUUCUGAUUUUGCUAAAAGGGCUUCAAUUUUACCACCAUUUUUGAAAAGGUAUACAUCGUUUCAUGUCUAUAUUCGGUGCAUGACUCUUGGUGUUGAAGCUCUUCAGAGGCUAAGGCAGUAUAAAGAAGCUGUAUCAUUAUUGCGGAAGUUGUUAAAACAAACAGCCUUUUGUCAAGAUUAUAAAGGACGAUGGUAUGAUCGACUAGCUCUGAAUUUAGAACAACACUUAAAACAGCCUGAACAAGCUUUGAAAGCUAUCAAAUCUGCAAUAAGUGAUAGUAAUGUGAGGGUUGGGCAUAGAUAUUCAUUACUAACUCGAGCCUUAAGAAUAACAAAGUCAUUAGAAGAUACUGAUGAAUUUCGGCAGCAGAUUUUGAAAGAAUCUUCUGUAAUCGAAGCUCCCAAAGUGGUUAUUAAAGGAAGAUUAUGUCCAAGACCUAUUUUGGGUCGAAGAAAUGUUUUCAUUUCUUCAUCUAGUACUGCAGAUGUUGAUGAUGUUACUAUUUUAGGUGUUGAACAAUUAGCUAUUGAACAUUAUAAAGAAGAAGGUUUUCCAGAAGGCAUUCAUGGAGAAGGCUCUACAUUUCAUUCAAUAUAUGGCUUGUUAUUCUGGGACAUCAUCUAUGAUGGCAAUAUACCAGAUGUAUUCAUUAGCCCUUACCAAACACAUCCUUUAGAUCUCAAUUCUGAAACAUUUUUUCAGAGCAGAAAAGAUCAAAUAUUGAGCCAUCUCGAAACAUUGCGGAAAUCAUCUCAUGAAGAAAUCAAAGAAAUUGUGAAAACUACAUGGGAAAAUCAUCAUGGUCAAGCAUCACUUGUUGCCUGGGACCACUUUGCAGAUUUAGAGCAUGUUCAAGGUUUAAUUUGCUGUUUUAAUUCUGAUGUUCUCUGUGGUAUCUGUGAGAGACUUGCUAAAGACUACAGAUUCACAAGAAGUGGUGUUCCAGAUUUAGUUGUUUGGAAUCCUGAAGCCUUUAAAGUAAAAAUAGUAGAGGUGAAAGGACCUGGUGAUAAAUUAUCUUCUAAACAAAUUUUAUGGCUUGAUUAUCUUAUUCAGUUGGGAGCAGAUGCUGAAGUCUGCUUAGUUGAAGCUGUUGCAUCAAAGAAACUUCGAAAAGAAACCUCCAAAGAAAUGUAGUUUUAUUUUUUUAUAAUAGUUUG